AAGAGUCGCGGCUCUUUCCAGGGAUCAGGGAUUUGAAACCGAGGCAGCAGGAGCUCAACACAGUUCAGUCGAAGUUUUAAAUCAAUGAACGCCGGAUUAGUGUGCGCCAGUUUAACAUCACCUGGAGCACGGAGAGCAUCUCCAGUCCUGUCUGUUGUGGACUAUCAUCGGUCAGUGGCAGACCAGUAAGAUGCAGCUACGACUGUGCUGACCAACAGCAGCUCAACAAGUCACAACACUGGACAGCUGACAGAGGCUGCAGCCUGGAUGUGAUACUGGGUAACCGUGCUUCAGUGUGCGAUGUGUGGACCUGCCCUGCCCCUGUGUCUGCUGCUCUGGAUAGUCGGGACGGCUGUUUUCAGAACUCAAGGUGAAGUCAUCGCUCUUGACCAUCUGAAUGCAGAGGCAGGUCUUCCCCUCCUCCUCAGCUGCAACAUCACCACGGCACCGAACGACAAAGUCAAGCAAGUGCGCUGGUACAACAGGCACAACAAGAUCCUCCUGGCGUACGAGCAGAGCGUCCCGGUCCGUGUGAGCCAUCAAGACCCCAACGUGCAGCUCAACGCCUCGCACAACGACGCCAGCUACAUCACCAUCAGGAAGGUUCGGCCCAAUGACGAGGGCUGUUAUCGCUGCAUCUUUGACGUUUACCCCACGGGUCAGCAAGAAGGCAAGACGUGCGUCAGCGUCACUGGUAAAGUGCACCUGGAUGGCAACAAGACGGCCGUGAGCGGGCACCCCGCCACCCUCUCCUGCUGGUACAGCCUCCCCGAGAGGGUCCAACAGGUGCUGUGGAGGAAGACGGCCGAACAAGGCGACACCACCACCGUGGCCUCCUACGCCAAGCACGGCCACCAGAGCAUGGCGGAUCAGUUCGUGGGUCGGGUUAGUUUGAGCCGAAGCCUGGGCGACACCCAGCUGACCAUCCAGCAGGUGAAGACGGAGGACGAGGCGUGCUACACCUGCGAGUUCCACACAUAUCCAGACGGCACUAUGAAGGCCACCGCCUGCCUGUCUGUUUAUGUGUUACCUAAACCAGAGCUGAGCCAUGCGACCUCGUCCCCAGGAGUCACCGAGGCAAACUGCACCGCUCAGUCCCGACCGGCCGCAGAGAUCGUCUGGAACGUCGUCGGAGACAACCGGACUCUUGGACCGCCCAUUUCUUCUGCCUACGACCAGGGCGACGGCACCACCAUAGUGACGAGCACGCUGCUCUUCCAAUCGGGGCUGCUCGACAAGCUGUCCGUCAAGUGCAUCGUGCACCACCCGGGUCUGAAGAAACCUCUGACGGUGUCCCUCAGCCCAAACGUGGGUCCGGCCAUGGUCAUCCUCCUCUCGGUGUGCGGCGUGGCGGCGGUCCUCCUCCUGUGUUUGUGUGUUUGUCUCUGCAAGUGCUUCAUCUGCACUGACGACUGAUUUGGAGGUCGGCGUCACUGCUGCUUUGAUGAAGGUCCAGCGGAGCUCUGAGCCUGACCUAGCUGCUCAGCACCGUGCCCUCCAGCUCAGCGUGCAGAGGACGGGAACAGAGCCUUUUUAUACAGAACCGAGCCAACACUGCUGGUUCUGCUCUGCUAGUAAACAGAACUUAACCCACAUUAUUUCAUGCUAGAUAUUAAACUCACAGUAGAACAGUUGAUGACUGAAUCCAAAUGAUUGGAGCCGUCAUGGAGGUCCAGUGUGUGUGUGAUAAGUUAUAUACUGUAUAUAUUUUAUAAAUGUAGGUUGAGUUUGCUCAGUUUCAGGCGUUUUUGACUAAUAAAAUCUAAACUAAUGUAAUCUAAAUUUAAAUAAACCAAUACAUCACUUAUCAGUGAUCAGUUUCCAUUCAAAACAGCAGAAAUAUUGCCUUAAAAUCCACGACAGUCAUCAGAUUGUAACUUGUAAUGUGGAGAAAAAAACCUUAAAGGUCAGCUGUGUUGUGCGCCACAAGUGCCUGAUUGCCGUGGACCUCCACAGUGUUCACCGCGGCGUAUUACGUCACAUAGAAAACCCUCUUAUUUGUGGCUGUCGUAUAGAGAAGAGGCAUGAUUAAAAGGGUGCCGUGCCAAUUUUGACUUACAGUAAAUCCCAAAAAAAGAAGAAGGUUAAAAUCUGACUUUCUAGUGAACCAGCCCUGUUGUGACUCAGACUGUGUGGAUGGUUUGAGUGGAAACGUUUGUCAUUUAUAGCUGUCGUGGUGUGUGUGCGCGGGAGAAGGGUGGUCGACCUCUAACCUUCUUACGAUGGUGUGAACUGUGGUUAACACCGCCCGAAUGAUUCCUGUGAGUGUGUGUGUGUGCACGUCUGUGUUUUUGUGCAUUGUUGUACAGUAUUUGAGCUGAAGGGAGGCCUACAUGGGCUGUGUACAGUAUAGAUAAUUUUGUAGAGCCUCAUUUAUCUGGAAAACAUAUUUUAUUAACGAUUAAAGACCGCUGACAGGAAAGUUAUCUGUAUAUAAAGAUGCUCAUAAGGUUUGCCUACAAUGAAGUUAGCUACUUGAACAGUAUUCACUUUUUCAGUGUCAAUAAAUGGAUAGAUGUCUGUACCGGUGCCGAGAAUAAACCUGAAACUUUAUCUGC